AUGGCGGCGCCACCUAUAAAUGAGCCGGUACUCAGCCUACCGCACCCGUACCUCGUGCCCUAUCUUCUCGUCAAGACAGACCGUCCUUCGGAAUCGUCAGCUCCUUGGUUCCAAGUAAAACCGCAAGAAGCCGUCGCCUCAGACAAGACGAAGAACGCCACGCCCCUACCUGAACCCCUCCACAGCGACACCCUCUUCUUCACCGAGCCCGCGGACCUCAAGUCCAGCGAGCGUCCCGCCGACUCGAACAACACGCCUUGGGGCCGCGCUCGCCGCUCCCCCAGCUCGACCAUAACAUGGGACUCGACGACCCCGACUCUCGCCCAGGCCUGGCUCGUCGUAUACGUGCUCCUGACCAUCCGCCCGUCCACAGAAGGCCUUCGCCUAACCCUCAGCGGACCCGGUAAAGAAUCUCUCGGAGCACAACUCAAAGCCGUCCUCCUCGCCGUCGACCACCCCACUGCAGCCGGUCUCACCGAUGAGCUUCUCGUCCUCCGAAGCACCUUCUGGCAAGGCGCCGGCUCGCCCUUCGGACCCCGCAGCGUCUGGGUCCCGGAGUCCACCGCGCCCCUGACGAAGCCGCUGUCCGCGUACCCCCUCACGCCGCUCGACCACAACAUGACCUCCGAAGCCGGCGCGCUCUCCUGGCACCCGCGCCGCCCUGCGAAGCCGCGUCCGGGGAGCGUCGUGUAUAGUCGGUGGAUCCCGCAUUUGCGCGAGACAUUUAGUAUGGUUGCCCUCGAUUGGGAGAAUGCCGAACAUUUGGAUUUGUUCCAUACGUGGCAGAAUGAUCCGAGGGUUUCCCAGGGCUGGAAUGAGACGGGCUCGUUGGAGCAGCAUCGUGAGUAUCUCAGGAAAGCGCAUGUGGAUCCCCAUCAGAUUACGCUGUUGGCGGCGUUUGAUGAUACGUUUUUUGCGUAUUUCGAGGUUUAUUGGGCUAAGGAAGAUCGUUUGGGCGCGUAUUAUAGCGCUGGAGACUUCGAUCGUGGCCGACAUUCGCUUGUUGGCGAUGUAAGGUUCCGUGGCCCGCAUCGUGUGACGGCGUGGUGGUCGAGCUUGAUGCAUUACUUGUUCCUGGAUGACCCUCGUACUAUGCAAGUCGUGGGUGAGCCUAAGUACAUAAAUAGCUCCGUGCUUAUGUACGACUUCAUGCAUGGCUUCGGGCUUGACAAGUUCGUUGACUUGCCGCAUAAGCGAUCUGCUUUUGUGACUUGCUCCCGCGAACGUUUCUUCCAGCUCGCACCCCUUGCUGAGAGUGAGAAGUUCGUGGGCGGCACGUUGGUCGGGCUAAUCCCGAAGUUGUGA